AUUCGCAAUUAUUUCUGACUGACAACAUUUGGCAGUUCUCCAGUCAUACCGGAAUGAAUAAUGGUGACAAUUAUGGAAAGAACCUCAAUUGCAUCUGGCGAAUGCAAGCGCCAGAAGGCCUGAAAGUUGAACUUGUUGCCAAGUCUUUCAACCUAGAGUCUGAUCCUUCCUGUUCGUAUGACUUCGUGGAACUUUUCGACGGUGACAGCAUCAAUGCUCCGAGUCUUGGCAAGUUCUAUGGCAGCGAUGUUCAAUCCGAUCACCUCCAAUCAGAGAUAUAUGACAAUCAACUUUAUUACUGACGACAGCGACCAACACACCGGCUUCACCAUGUUCUACAACUUUACCUCUCAAGUAAUUCAUCAGUGCCUUAACAGCCAGUUUAAAUGUACCAAUGGUCGCUGCAUCGACGACAGCUACAAAUGCGAUGGAGACGAUGACUGUUUGGAUGACAGUGAUGAACAGAACUGUCCAGCGAGAGGAGUAGGAGGAGGAGGGGGAGGCACUGGAAGGUGUGCGGCGGAUAAGUUCAAAUGUCCCGAUGGUAGCUGCAUAGACAAAGACUGGCUAUGUGAUGGUGAUGACGAUUAUGGGGACGGUACGGAUGAAAACACACAGCACUGUCCGAUAUUCGGCAAAUAACUGUGGUUUAUAUGGACUGCUUGCAAUAUUUUGUUCCAACGAUAUACGUUGAAGUAAAAUUUAAAUUUC